AUGUCAUCGAGUGGUGCGCCGAGUGGUGGGGCCGGCAAUACCGGUGCGCAUCGGUAUCGCUAUAAGAACACAGGUCUCGACGCACAGGAACUGCGCCGAAGACGUGAGGAGGAAGGCGUCCAACUGAGGAAACAGAAGAGAGAGACAGAACUCUGCAAACGAAGGAAUCUGACGCAAAGUGGCGACGAGUGGGCGUCCGGUGGAGCACCCGAUGACACCUCCGGAGGGGCCACACAAGUGAUCACUCAGGAGAUGGUCGCCGCUCUCUAUACCGAUGAUGUCGAGCAACAACUCAUCGCAACUCAAAAGUUUAGGAAACUCUUGUCGAAAGAACCCAAUCCCCCGAUCGAUGAAGUGAUUCAGACGGGAAUCGUCCCGCGAUUUGUGGAGUUCCUGCACAGAGACGACAACUCUGUGCUGCAGUUCGAGGCCUCGUGGGCGCUGACGAACGUGGCUUCCGGCACAUCCCUUCAGACCCGGAUGGUCAUCGAGGCGGGAGCGGUGCCCGUCUUCAUCCACCUCUUGGAGUCACCCCAUGAGGACGUUCAGGAACAGGCCGUCUGGGCGUUGGGCAACAUUGCCGGCGAUUCACCCGAAUGUCGCGAUUAUGUGUUGAGUAACAGCGCUUUAAUGCCUUUACUUCAAUUGCUCAGUAAGUCCUCGCGAAUAUCGAUGACCCGGAACGCUGUGUAUGCACUCUGUUGCCUGUGUCGGGGCAAUAACCCUCCGGUGAAGUUCGAAACAGUCAGUCCGUGUCUACCAGUGUUGGCACGACUUCUCUUUCAUUGUGAUAGUGAUGUGUUGAACGACGCGUGUUGUGCCCUCUCCUACCUGAGCGAUGGGCCCAACGAGAAGAUCCAAGCGGUGAUGGACGCCGGCGUCUGUCGCCGAUUAGUGGAACUCUUGAAGUAUUGCGAUAACGAAGUCGGAUCUAAUGUAUUGAAAGUGUUGUCCUCCACUACUGAACGACCGGCAAUGGUAUCCGAGAGCGAGUCGUUUCCUAUACAGGAAUUGCUUCACUCUGUUGUCAGUAAUGGUUUGCUAAUCGAUUCGGUUAUAGAGAAUCUGUCGUCAAAAGAUGAAAACACUUUUUAUGCCUUACGUGUGAUCGGAAAUAUAGUGUUGUGGGGCGAGUCAUACACACAGAUAGUCCUACAAUCGGGAGUUCUUCGCAAAUUUGUGGCACUUCUGCAGCACCACAGCCCCAAAGUGCAGAGAGAGGCCGCCUUCACGGUCUCCAAUAUAAGUGCCGGUAAUUAUAGUCAAAUUCAAGCCGUAAUCGACGCCAACUUAAUGCCUGUAAUCGUCGAACUGUUAUAUAUGGGAGACUAUCGGACACAAGUAGAGGUCUGUCAUGUGUUGUUCAACAUCUCAGCGUUGGGUUCUUCGCAGCAGAUCUCUUAUAUAAUAAACAUCGACAACAGUGUCGCGAAUAUGGACUCGAUUGACGCGAUGGCGACACUACUCACAGCUGUCGACGCAAAGACUGUGGAGACGUGUCUUCGCUUCUAUAAUAAUGUCUUGACUUUUGCUAAACGAAUGAAUAUUUUGCAUGAAGUGGUCCAGAGAUGCGACUCAACCUCUACGGUCUAUCACAUGGAAGAGUUGCUCAACAAUAAGAACACAGAAGUUGCAGUUCUGGCCACACAUCUCAUCGAUACCUACUUUUCCAAAGACUUGUCUCUCGAAGAAGACGCUCUUUUGGAUACUAUUAAUAGUCUUAAUGCUCAACAUUACAGUCAAACUGAUCUGAAACUCGCUUUUUAAAGAUAUUGUUAAUAUUGUAAAUUGUUUUAUAUAUUUAAUAAUUAUGUCGUUAUGUCGUGUAAAUUAGCCGUUAAUUUAAGUUAUACACCGAGUCAAAUUUUAUUCUAUUACCG